AUGUAUCUGGACUAUUUCCCUUUGACACAAAGUCUUUCCAGUUCUUAUAAUUUUUUUAACACUCAAAUUUUGCCAAAUUUAUACGAUAAUGGUACAUCUCUCAUUCAGUACGCUAAGGAUCUCUAUCCAGUAGAGUUGCAUAUACAUGUUUUGUCACACAUUUGUUCCAGGCAUCGCCAAAUUGCCUUAUCUAACAAUGGUUACAAGUUAAAUAUAUUGGAUAGUGUAUAUAAUCAAUGCCUAGGCGAAUUGAUCGCACAGAAGCUGCACAAAAUAAUUGUUAACUGUCAAUCUUAUAACAAAGUAUCAGUACAUACACCCAAUACAACCACUUUGCUGCCUGGGAGUAACAUUUUUGCCACUGAACAAUUAGAAACUGCCCUUAAUGCCACACAUAAACAAUUAGUUUUAGCACUAACCUCCCACUGGAAUACAUACAAUCCUAAACCCAAAUGUCAAUCCAAAGUCGCUACAAUCAACCUUAAACCAGUGGAUAUUGGAUCUAAAGGUUCAACUUUUAUUGUUAGCGACUUUGGCAAUAAAAAUCAUCUAAACAAGAAUUUAGAUAGCCCGUACAUUGGACUGCACUUUGAACACGAUAGAACAUUUACUCUAGAAGGACUGGAUAUUGUUCACAACAUAAUAAAUAAUUUGGGCUUUGUAGUCAUCAAAAAUGUAUUGUCAGAAGAACAUAUACAAACAAUUCGUGACUGCCUAAAUUUGGAUAGGGCACAAGCCAGGGAUGUCGCCUUUUCAAUUUUGGAGGAGGACUCAAAUGUAAAUGCAGCAAAGUAUACGAGGGGGAGAAUUGUAUGUUCUCUAAGAGGUACAACUUAUGAUACAAAGUUGAGACGGGUACAAAUGUUUUGGACCCCUUUGCUACACUAUGUGAUGCCCAGAAGCAUAGCUUCCUUCCCGCAAAAUCGCCAAAUGUCGCUUGAAAAAAGCCUUUACAUCUCCUGGAUAAAUCUAAUACUAUCGGAUCCCUUGAGCGACUACGAGUGUUGGCACAGAAACAAUUCAAAGUAUGGUAUAACUGUCGUUAUACCCUUGGAUUAUAGAACAGAUGAAGACGGUAGAAUUGAAUUUAUCCCAUACACUCAUUCGCCAAAUUUUAAUCGCAAUAGUAAAAAUAUAUUAAAUGCAAUAAAAAAGGGCCCAGUUGGUGUGGAUGUUAAACCAGGAGAUUUAAUCGUCUACAACUCAACAAUCCUUCACCGAUAUACAAUGAAUAAAUCAUUUGAUUGCAAAUCAGAUUUGGUCUACCAAUAUGACUACGUAGAUUCGGUACCUCCAGGGCAGGGUCGUUUGCACUUUAUGUACGACAAACUAUUAGCCAAAUUGAUCGUCUUUUGCAAUAAGUUUUAUUAG